UCUUUGUACUCCCUCAUACUCAAACUUUCAUUCAGCCCCCCCAAAAAAAAAACACUAUUUUUUCACUUCAAAAUUCUCUCAGAAUUUCCUUAUGGGUCUUUGAGGGUUCUCUCUUUCUCUCAUUCCCUUUUGCCCAUUUGCUUGAUUCUUUCAUUUUUAGAGUGCAUUUUCUCUUCCUUUCUCGGAAGUGUUUUUUUUUUUUUUUUCUUGCAGGAAACUGAGAGGGAAUACUUAACAAAAAGAUGGUGAAAACAGCUUCUUCACCGUCUUCUUCUCCGGUGACCAUUACGGUUUCAUCGGGAGGAAAAGUAAACGGCAGCAGAAGCAUGGGCUUAACUAGUCCAGUACCUCGUGCUUCGAUCUCAAACAACCCGAAUUCUCCUCUCAGUAGCAGAGGAAAUCGACGGGCCUCAAGUGGCGGAGGAAAGUACUCUUCGAUGUCGAAAGACGAGACGACAAUGGAGGAGGUGAACACAGAGUUUGUGAGUUAUACAGUUCACAUACCUCCCACCCCAGAUCACCAACCCAUGUCAGAGUCUCAGACUAGUCUCACCGAAGACAACAAUAAUUCUGGAAAGCCCAAAAGAAGCUACAUUUCAGGUACUAUUUUCACCGGAGGGUACAACUCGGUGACUCGUGGGCACGUGAUUGAAAGCUCAAUGGAUGGGACCGAGCCGGUGAAAUCAGGACUAAUGUGUGGGAUGAAAGGUUGUGAUGAGAAAGCAAUUCGAGGGAAAAAUUCAAGGGGUAUAUGCGAGUGUGGGUUCAAGAUUUGCAGGGAUUGUUACUUGGAUUGUGUUGGAAGUGGAGGUGGGAGGUGUCCUGGGUGCAAAGAACCUUACAAAGAUUUUAGUGAUGAUGAUGAAGAAGAUGAUGGUGAUGAUGAAACCGGGUCCGAAGCAGAGGACCAGGCCUUGCCAUUGCCAUCGGAUUUUAAGCUUGAUAAGAGGCUUUCAGUGGUAAGAUCUUUUAAGGCACAAAACCAUCAGCCACCGGAGUUUGAUCACACCCGGUGGCUGUUCGAGACGAAGGGGACUUAUGGGUACGGAAACGCGGUAUGGCCUAAAGAUGGGUAUGGGGUUGGGUCUGGGUCUAAUGGGUUUGAACACCCACCGGAUUUUGGAGAGAGAAGCAGGAGACCUUUGACAAGGAAGGUGGGGAUCUCUGCUGCAAUUCUCAGCCCAUAUAGAUUACUUAUUCUGAUACGUCUCAUCGCCCUUGGUUUCUUCCUGACAUGGAGGAUUCGACACCCUAAUCAUGAGGCAAUGUGGUUGUGGGGAAUGUCUACUGUUUGUGAACUCUGGUUUGGAUUUUCAUGGCUUCUGGAUCAGCUGCCUAAGCUCUGCCCUGUAAACAGAGUCACUGACCUCUCUGUUCUUAAAGAACGUUUCGAAUCUCCAAACCUUCGCAACCCAAAAGGGCGGUCUGACCUUCCAGGGAUUGACGUAUUUGUUUCCACAGCAGACCCUGAAAAGGAGCCCCCUCUUGUCACAGCAAACACCAUUCUUUCGAUCCUUGCAGUUGAUUAUCCAGUGGAGAAGCUUGCAUGCUACUUAUCUGAUGAUGGUGGAGCUCUUUUGACAUUUGAAGCACUUGCAGAGACUGCUAGCUUUGCAAGAAUUUGGGUUCCAUUUUGCCGGAAACAUGGAAUAGAACCAAGGAAUCCUGAGACCUAUUUUGGGCAGAAGCGUGAUCAUCUUAAGAACAAAGUAAGGCUUGAUUUUGUGAGAGAAAGGAGAAGGGUGAAGAGAGAGUAUGAUGAGUUCAAAGUGAGGAUAAAUUCCUUACCGGAAUCUAUAAGGCGAAGAUCUGAUGCUUACAAUGCACAUGAAGAGCUAAGAGCAAAGAAGAAACAGAUGGAAAUGGGAGGCAAUACUUCUGAUCCAAUUAAGACUUCGAAGGGGAUUUGGAUGUCAGAUGGUACUCAUUGGCCUGGGACUUGGGCUUCAGCAGAGACAGACCACUCAAGAGGGGAUCAUGCUGGUAUAAUUCAGGCAAUGUUAGCUCCACCCAAUGCAGAACCAGUUUAUGGUGCAGAAGCAGAUGGGGAGAAUUUGAUUGACACUACAGAAGUUGAUAUUAGAUUGCCAAUGCUGGUUUAUGUGUCCCGUGAGAAGAGGCCAGGAUAUGAUCACAACAAGAAAGCUGGAGCCAUGAACGCUCUAGUCCGAACAAGUGCAAUCAUGUCAAAUGGCCCAUUCAUUCUAAAUUUGGAUUGUGAUCACUACAUUUACAACUCCUUGGCUCUCAGGGAAGGAAUGUGCUUUAUGCUUGAUAGGGGUGGUGAUAGGAUCUGUUAUGUUCAAUUCCCACAAAGGUUUGAGGGUAUAGAUCCAAGUGACCGGUAUGCAAAUCACAAUACAGUGUUCUUUGAUGUGAGCAUGAGAGCUCUUGAUGGUCUACAGGGUCCAAUGUAUGUAGGGACAGGCUGCAUUUUCAGAAGAACUGCACUGUAUGGGUUUAGUCCUCCUAGAACCACAGAACACCAUGGGUGGUUUGGGAGGAGGAAAAUUAAGUUGCUUUUGAGAAGGCCCAAGGUGGUUAAGAAGGAGGAGGAUGAGAUAGCCUUGCCAAUCAAUGAGGAUCACAAUGAUGAUGAUGAUGCAGAUAUUGAGUCCUUGCUUCUUCCAAGAAGGUUUGGUAACUCCACUUCUCUAGCUGCUUCUAUUCCAGUUGCAGAAUACCAGGGAAGGCUGCUUCAAGAUUUACAUGGAAAAGGCUACCAUGGGAGGCCAGCUGGAUCUCUUGCAGUGCCUCGUGAACCUUUAGACGCUGCAACUGUGGCAGAGGCGAUAAGUGUCAUCUCUUGCUUCUACGAGGACAAAACAGAGUGGGGGAAGAGGGUAGGAUGGAUAUAUGGUUCUGUAACAGAAGACGUGGUGACUGGUUAUAGAAUGCACAAUAGAGGGUGGAGGUCAAUUUACUGUGUCACCAAAAGGGAUGCAUUCCGAGGGACGGCUCCAAUUAAUCUAACAGACAGGCUGCAUCAAGUUCUUCGAUGGGCAACGGGGUCAGUUGAGAUUUUCUUCUCACGGAACAAUGCAUUAUUUGCUAGUCCCCGAUUGAAAUUCCUUCAAAGGGUGGCAUAUUUCAAUGUGGGAAUGUACCCUUUCACAUCUAUGUUUCUCAUAGUCUAUUGCUUUCUGCCUGCUGUUUCAUUAUUUUCUGGGCAGUUCAUAGUCCAAUACCUCAGUGUGACCUUUCUGGUGUUCUUGUUGGCCAUCACCCUCACCUUGUGCAUGCUUGCAAUUCUAGAAAUCAAAUGGUCAGGUAUCACUCUCCAUGAUUGGUGGAGAAAUGAACAAUUUUGGUUGAUUGGUGGAACAAGUGCCCAUCCUGCUGCUGUGCUACAAGGAUUACUGAAGGUUAUUGCAGGAGUUGACAUCUCAUUCACAUUGACCUCUAAGUCUGCUACUCCUGAAGAAGGAGAUGACGAAUUUGCAGAGCUAUAUGUGGUUAGGUGGAGCUUCUUAAUGAUCCCUCCAAUCACAAUCAUGAUGGUGAACAUGAUUGCAAUUGCUGUUGGAGUAGCCAGGACAAUGUACAGCCCAUUCCCUCAGUGGAGCAAGCUUGUAGGAGGGGUGUUCUUCAGCUUCUGGGUGUUGUGCCAUCUCUACCCAUUUGCAAAGGGGUUGAUGGGAAGGAGGGGAAAGGUUCCCACCAUUGUCUUUGUGUGGUCUGGAUUGCUCUCCAUCAUCAUUUCUUUGCUUUGGGUGUAUAUUAGCCCUCCUUCGAGUACACAAGAUUACACGAGGGCGUUCCAGUUCCCUUGAAAGUCUUAGGUAGGAUCUAAAUGCAGCUAGCGAAGUUCCUCAACUUCAUGUUGUGGUUAUUGCCUCAUUUUCCCCCCCCUGCUUCAUUCACAUUGAAUGUACUUGGCUUGCACUGUUGUCUUUUUUUUAUACUUUUUUACAGUUUGUAUUGAACAUUUCAUAUAGUAGUUGUCAUUGUGCAAAAGAAUUCUUGUCAAUUGAAAUGUGUUAUGGUGUUAUGUCA